UUGAGUGGCACAAACAUGGCUGUGCUAUGGCUUGACUUGUGGAGAGGUACCAUUGAAUGUGUGCCAACUGAUAACAAGAUGACAUGGUGUUGGGCUGUUCUAAAGGAUCAGUGCAGGUGGGAAGAACAUGGGCAUGCAGUUGGUGCUUACAAGCCCUACCUCCCAGGUUCAUUCAAUGUCACCCCUCGUGAUCCCAGCCUUCAUGCAAACUCCUGGUACAAAGCCACUAAGUACAUCACUUGGAUUUAUUCUCUCUGUCCAGCACUUUUAUUUCAGGUUUUACCCCAGAAUAUCUGGCGCAACUUCUGUAAGUUUGUUGCAGGCUUCCACAUCAUGGGUCAAUACAGUAUCACUCCAGCACAACUCAAACUUGCUCGGAACUAUCUAGCCAAAUGGGAAUAUGAAUUCAAGCAGAUACACUACCAACGUUGCAUCGAUCAGAUUCACUUCAUAUGCCCAUGUGUCCACCUAUCAAACCAUCACAUUCCUUAA